GAGAGAGAGAGAGAGAGAGAGAGUUUGUCUCAAACUCGGCCACUUACCUCAUCCCGCAUUCCGCAUUCCAAUAUUCUCGGGUCUCGUCCAUAUUUGGACUGAGUUUGAUCAAAAUGCGACUCAACCAAUAUCAACCACUUCUUCUCUCAUUACUCCUUCCCCUCGUCAUCGCUCACCCGUAUCCUCAAGCUGCCGUUGCAAAGGAUGCCGUUGCUUACACCACUACCUGGACCGAGACGAGAACCUACACUAGCACUAUCAGCUCAUUCCUAGGCGACUCGACCGCACCAGCAGGAGGGACCGGCGAGCCCUGUGUACCACCCGAAGGAUCAGGGCAGAUCGCCUGUGGCCCCAUUUGCUGCGCGAAUUGGCAGUACUGCGCCUACGACGGCCAAUGUUUGGCAAACGGUGGCGGUUCCUGGACUAAAUGGACUACCGUCGGCGUCGUCACUACUCAGUACUCGGCUCCUUAUAGGGUUACUAGUGGUAGCACCGUUAUAGAGACCACCGCACCGACUACUACUACCGGCACCGUAGCCAGCGAAACUGCUUCGGCUACAGCCGUACCGGCUCCCGUCGCAACCACGAGCGGUUCGUUGAGCGGAGGUGCAAUUGCCGGUAUCGUUGUUGGUACUAUUGCUGGUGUAAUCCUACUGCUGCUGCUAUGUUUCUGCUGCAUCGUCAGAGGCCUCUGGGGUACGUUCGCCGGCCUUUUUGGCGGAGGCAAGAAGAAGCGAGAGACGGAACGAAUCGAGAUCAUCGAAGAAGGAUACUCGAGGCGCGGAAGCAGACACGGUAGCACAUAUGCCGGAGGCGCAGGUGCAGGUGCAACACGACCAGUUCACCGGACUUGGUUCGGGGGCGGAGGUGGUGGAGGUCGACCCACGUCGGCCGCCGCUAGAAAAGAGAAGUCGGGAGGCGGAGCGGGCUGGCUGGCCGCCGGCCUAGGCGCAACGGCGCUACUUCUAGGCCUGAGGAGAAGCGACAAGCAGCGCAGGACUAGCAGGGAGAAACCGCCACGAGGCGAAAGCGACUUUAGCAGUUCGUACUAUACCGACUCUUAUACUGCAAGCAGCCCAAGCAGUUUAAGCUCGGAUAGGAGAACACGCGAUACGCGACGUUCUAGAAACUCGAGAGGAACGAGAGCUUCAAGACCUUCACGAGCCUCUCGGGGGCCUUCUCGGGGGCCCUCUCGAAGAAGCUAAACGACCGACUCCAGCCUGUAUUUUUACGAAUCCUUUUCCUACCCGUUCGAAAUUGAGUUUAUAAUCCCCUUCGUCGCGAGAUUCUUUUUUCAUUCACACCGACAUACAUACAUACAUACAUACCACGAAUACCCCUACCUAUACCUACACAUCACUAAAGCGGCGUUUCGGAAUGCGGAGAUGUUUUCCUACUUAGACUAAUUGACGAAGGGUUGCAAUGAGACCAACUGGAAGAUGAAAUGAAAAACGAACAACCUACGUCUACAAAUGGAAAAUGGAUGCGAACUGGGGGGUUGAGAUGAGCCUCUGAAACUUUGUACAUAUGAAACAGAUAAUGAGGACGUAUCUCGAGGGUGGGCUAGGCAGGCUUGGUGCGAGAAAGCUAGGGGAGCUUGCCUGGGAAUGAGAUGUAUGGACGGAAUGAAUGUAUGUCUAGAUAGUUAUGAAUGGGCAUGCGGUGCCUCAGGGGUGGU